GGAGGAGGAGGAGGAGGGGGAGGAGGGGGAGCGGAGGGAGGUGUUUCUGUCAGUUCCGGCUGUUUGUUCGGGAAGUGGAUCCGCCGCGGCCGGAGCCGCCCGGACGGAGCUGCGGAUCGCGAGGCCAGCCCGACCCCGCCCGCCCGCGCGCGCCGCCCCCGCCCGCCAUGGCCCGGGACUACGACCACCUCUUCAAGCUGCUCAUCAUCGGCGACAGCGGUGUGGGCAAGAGCAGUUUACUGUUGCGUUUCGCAGACAACACUUUCUCAGGCAGCUACAUCACCACCAUCGGAGUGGACUUCAAGAUCCGGACCGUGGAGAUCAACGGGGAGAAGGUGAAGCUGCAGAUCUGGGACACGGCCGGGCAGGAGCGCUUCCGCACCAUCACCUCCACGUAUUACCGGGGAACCCACGGCGUCAUCGUGGUUUAUGACGUCACCAGUGCAGAGUCCUUCGUCAAUGUCAAACGGUGGCUUCACGAAAUCAAUCAGAACUGUGACGACGUGUGCCGGAUACUAGUGGGGAAUAAGAAUGACGACCCCGAGCGGAAGGUGGUGGAGACAGAAGAUGCCUACAAGUUCGCUGGGCAGAUGGGCAUCCAGUUGUUUGAAACCAGUGCCAAGGAGAACAUCAAUGUGGAAGAGAUGUUCAACUGCAUCACAGAGCUGGUCCUUCGAGCCAAGAAAGACAACUUAGCAAAACAGCAGCAGCAACAACAGAACGACGUGGUGAAGCUCACGAAGAACAGUAAACGGAAGAAACGCUGCUGCUAAUGCCCCCUGCCCACCGCAGAGACUGCACUUCGGCCACUCCCCGGCCGGGGGCCCGCGGGCUCCUGGGGGACAGGCGCAGUUUUGUGCCGUUAUUUAAAGAAUCCUCUCCACGUUUUUUGUAUCGGGAGGCGCCAUCGGCACUUCCUCCCCUCCCCCCUUGAGUGCCAAGAAGGUGUCGGACAAGCCCGCCCCACCCUUCUGGUGCCCCUGCUCCCUGGCCAAGCUGCCCGGGCCCGGCGAGGACAAUGCCAGCUGAGCGGACUGAUUAACCAGAUUUUGUACAUAAUGUAUAUUGCUUUAACCAGCCACAUCACCCUCGUCCUGCUCUGGCUUUUGCCUCCUUAAUGCCAACCUGCUGCAACAAGACCCUUCCCGCCCCGCCCCGCCCCGUCCCGUCUUCGGCAGCCUCCUGAGGAGACAGGAUCGUGUCCUGGCCGGGGCUUCCGCCAGCCAGGAGACGCGGAGUGAGUGGGUCCCAGGCCUCUCUCUCGCUCUCCUGCAGGCUGCCGCUGUGCUUGGCGCGGAGGGCCUCUCCGGGGCGCGCGCUCUGUCCCAGCCCACCUCUCCCCCCGCAGAGCCCUUCAGCAGCGCCGCAGGAGUCCCUCCUGCCCCGUGGCCAACAGAUCUAGUGUCCUGCCUUCUAGAGGCCCGAGCUACAAACCCGUGGAAGCCCUGGCUUCUAAUUUAGACCAUCCCAUCGCAGUUCCCACAGAAAGGGUGUGUGUGUGCCGGGACAGGGCUUGCGGGGGGGGCUGCGGAGCAUUAUUUUAACUGAUAAAAUGAAGCCAAAUCAAAUUAAGUUCCUCAUCCUUAUUUUCCUGAGCGGCAGAAGUGGCCUCCCGCUCUGGGGCCAGUGUUUUCAGAAAAGUGAAUGGCUUCCUGCCAUUGUGGGUUCUUGGCAAAGUCGAUCUGCCUCCCUGGCCGCUUUUAAGUAAAGAAGGGGCCUCCCACCUUGUCAGUGCUGUGUCCAGGGCCUCCGGGGGGGCCCACGCAGGGCUGCUCCCUUGGAGCCCGUGGUGAGGGAGGUUGGCAGCACCGGCAGCACUUGGUUCCAUGCUUGAGGGUUUCGUAGUGGCUGGGCAAGUAUGCCCACCCCACUGUGGCCGGGAGCCAGCUUCUCCCACCUCUGUCCCCCGGAGGAGAAACCGGGGUCACCUGCACUUGAUUUCCGCUGCCCCUCAGGACACUUCAUUCCCCUUCCCCCUAAAAAAGGAUCACGUUACCUGGGAAUAACUGAAUUCAGCAUCAUGAUGUGUUUUAUGAGAUUUCUUUUUCCUAGGCGAUUUCCAGGCAGUGCUCUGAUUGGACAAUCAUCACAGAUCACGUUGCAGAUUUUCCAUGUUAACAUUGUUGAUGGGUUUUUAAUCAAUAAAAGAGCUGGGGUUUCUUCUGA